AUGCCGGAUGCUUCUGCAUGUGCGCGAGCAGCUGCAGCUGAGCUGCAGGGUUGGGUAUACGUGACCAAUCAGCUGCUUCUGGAAAGCGCGCGUAACACAGUGGCACAGGUGGAGGAACCAUCACGCCGGGCUUCACUGAACGCGGAGUACGUCGAGGGUCUCACCAAGCUUUUUUACUCUCACGCCGCCGCGGUGACAUCGUUGCUGUUUCUUUCCGCAGCAAAAUCAACAUCAUCUGCUGUGGUAUUGGAUGAGGAACACGAGAAAAAGUGGGAAAUUGAAAGGGAAAGGGUCGUUGCGGAGGUGCAGGAGCUCACGAGGCAAAAACAAGCGCUCGAGCAAGAGGUUGAAAGACUCCAAAAAGAAGAACAACGGGUGGGGAAAGCCGUCUCCGUCGCUCGUGCGGACGCUGAAGCACUGCGGAGAGAAGUUGAGCGGGAGCAGAAGGCACUUGAGACGCUGAGGCGGGAGAUGCAGGAGGAAUCGGUGCGGCAGCGGGAGGAGCACGAGCACCAAAUGCUUAAUGCGCGGCACGAAAUUUUGCAGGCGCAGGAAGAACUUGCGGCGGAGGGGCGGCGGUUGCAGAAAGUACGUCAACAGCUUUGCUCGCUUGCGGACGUGCUCGCGGAGCUUCGCGAUGGGGAUGGAGAUGAGCGGGUACUACACGAGGAGCCUAGCGAGAGCCUCCGUCAGCUGCUAGAAGAAUUUGUCGCGUAUGCGGAGGUAACGCAGCGGACGCAGCAGGAACUUCAGGAGGAGCUGGCGGCGCUGCGCGAGCAGAUGGCAGCUGAGGAACCGGUGGCAAGCCGCAGCGGGGCGCAAACUCUCUAUCAACGCAUUCUCCCGCCUCCCGCGGUGAACCCGGUGGCACUCACGCUUCAGAGUGUGCGCGAGCAGGUGCGAGAGCUGCGACCUCAGGCAGCAGGAACUCCCUGUGGCGUCGUUGACACACCGCGGAUUCAGAAUAGGCAGUGGCAGCAGCAUUCUUGUCGCAGUCAUAUCAAAGGAGAAACAUCUUUCACAGCCUCACCCGUGUCGCAGUGUCAGACGCCGCAAACUUGGCUUCCAAACGGCGUGUCGUCCAAUUUGAUUGCAUGGAGGGAGAAGAUGGCGUUAUUAAAGGCAGAAUUGCACGACCUUCGCCGUGAAAUUGAAAAUUAG